UUGAGCUAACAAGAUUAUUGGGUUUGGGCCAACUUCUCCCUUAUCAUGUCAUAUGUCUCAUUCACAUCACCCAUAUGCCAUAUCUGUACUAUUAUAAAUGAGUGUUUGAUCUAGGUUUUGUUUUCAUUACAGGUUAAAGUCAGAUCGAACUGUGUGCUGAGUCAACCUCACUGAUACCAGGAUGACUGCUAUCCGAUUUGCCCUGGAGAAAAGCAUAUUUGAGCCUGGCGACGAGAGACUCAUUAAGGCCAUUCAUGUAUCACAGCUAGAGAAGAAGAAGAAAACCUAUUUUCUGUGUUUGUCUGUGAGCAAAGACAAGAGUGGCUUUAUCAGCACUGUAAAGAAACUGGACAAGGACAACUAUAAGAAGAAGAGGACAUGGGGCCUGCAGGAUCUCAAGAUGGUGGAUGGAAAAGAUGGAAAAAGGGAUACAGCUGACUUGGACUUACAGUUUGAAAAGGUCUACAAAUGGGUCGCCAGCACUCCCAUGGAAAGAAAUAUGUUCAUAGCCAACCUAUGGAUGCUGUGCAGCCAGCACCUGCACCGGCAGCGACCUCAGUUUGUCAACAUCCCGGCCGAGUUUCUGGACGGAGGCACCAAGACGGCCGACACACGCGCUGCCCUAUCGCCGGUAUCCGAGCUCUCCGUGGAGGCGGACAGCUACCAGGCACUGACCUCACAGGAGGAGCAGGACCUGCUGAAGAUGAUGUCGGAGCACGAGACGGCCGUCAGCAACGCCGAGGCCUUCGCCGAACAGCUCAACAGGGAGCUCUCCGGCCUGGAUGGGGCCAACAUCCAGUCCAUCAUGGCGUCUGAGCAGCAGGUGGCAGCACUGAUGUCUGUCAUUCAGCGGGCUGUCGACGAGAUAUCGGCCGUCGAGGAGCGCCUCGAACAGUACGAUCACGCGCUGGUGGCCGUCCGACAGAGUCUCAAGGAGAUGGGUCGCGAGAAGAGCAAGAUGGAGGUCACCCAGAGGAAUCAUCACGAGCUCCUGCAGACGCUGGAUAGCAUGCUGCCGGACCUGUCGACCAGAGACCGCCAGGUUCUCUCCGACCCUGACCUCACCACCACAGUGGGUCUGAGAGAGGCCUGCCAGGCGGCCCAGUCUCUACUGAGACUGUCGUCAACCUCAGUUGACGGAAACCUCCAGCAGAUGGCAGCAGUGGCCGAGCAGAAGAAGCUCUUCGAGAAACUCAAGGCUCGCUUCUCGCAGGCCGUCUACAGGCAGAUGAAUAACUUCUUCGUACACAUGGGCAACGACGGCGCGCCGCCGGUGGACUCUCUGCAGCUGCCCAGCCACAGCUCACAGCACCUGAAGCUGCAGCCCUACUCGGAGCUGAUGCACUGGACCAAGGCGGUCGACAACAGGGGCUACGAGGCGCUGAAGACGGUCUAUGGCCAGUCGCUCAGCAAGCGGUACGAACGGGAGAUCCGGGCGCUGUUCGCUGAGGCGCGCGGCCGCGUCGGGGCCUUCCGCAAAGACUCGAUGGACUCGCCCAGCGGCAGCACGGCCACGCUGUCGCGGAUGUCUGGACAGCUGCGGCAGCUGCAGGCGAAGCCGACAGCUGCGCAGCAGGGCGCCGUUCUGCUGGGGAUGGAUCGGGACGCGUGGACUAACCUGGACAGCUCCGACCGACUCAAGUUUGACGACGUGCUGGAGCAGCUGCUGAAGGGCCUGGAGCCCUCCUGCCUGGAGGAGCAGAACUUCUGCGUCAGCUUCUUCAGGCUCGGCGUGGACAUGUCACAGUCUCAGAACUCCUCACAGCUGGACUCGCUGUCGGAGGGAGGGAUCGGCCGACAGGACGAGGUGCGGUCGCUGAUGAAGGAACUGUUCGGCGCACUGGAGACCGAGCUCAACUCGUUCCUCGCCCAGCACGAGCGGAUCGACAGCUUCUGCGUGAUGCACAUCCUGGUGCGUCUGUCGGAGCACGUGAGCAGCACGCAGGACUCGGGCUCGUUCCUGCACCAGACACUGGCCGCCGCGCUGGUGGCCAGUAAACAGAACCUGGACAGGCUGAUGCGGGCGCAGAUCGACUCGGUACACGCCUGUCCGCCGCCCAAGCGGUCCAAGUGCGGCGUCCUGCCGUUUGUCUCCAACUUUCAGGAACUGGCCGCCAUCGCCGAGUCUGUAUUCCGUGAGUCGAGCCGCCGUGCCGACCUGGACCGCUGGUACGGCCGGCUGAUCCGCGCCGUCAUCGACCAGGUCUCCGUCACCGGCCAGCAGCAUCAGAAGACGCCGCUGGAGGUGGUGCAGAUGGAGAACUUCCACCACCUGCACGCGCUCCUGAUGCGCCUCAAACUGGCCGGACUGGAGAGCGAGAAGCGCGAGGUGAAACAGAAGUAUAAUGAGGCACUCAAGGCGUACGUGACGAGAUACUUCGGGCAGCCACUCAUCAAACUUAAUCAAUUUUUCGGCGGCGUGCAGUCCAAGGUGGCUCAGGGGGUGCGCGAGGCUGAGAUGGGCUACCAGCACGCCUUCAGCAAGCAGGAGCUGCGGAAAGUCAUCAAGGAGUACCCGGGGAAGGAGGUGAAGAAGGGACUGGACACGCUGUACAAGAAGGUGGAGAAACACCUCUGUGAAGAGGAGAAUCUGCUUCAGCUGUUGACCAGCUGUCCUGCGCUGUUCUGUGGGAGGACGUCGCGCUCCAGUUCCGUCGCCGUGCCGUCUCCGUCCUUCCUGUCUGCCUGUCAGACGCCGCCAGAUUACUGUCGGGGCUCGGCGCGACCU